GCCAAUGAAAUCUCACCAUUACUUGAACAAUUGAGGUCAUCAUCGACAAAUACCUUGAAUGUUUCACUGUUCAAAUUGAACUCUGUCAUAGAGAAUGAAGCUGAAAAACUGGACAAUUCCCAGAAGGACCUUAUUUUGUUUGUCAUCUUAUCCACUUAUACAAGAUACCCAUAUGAUACAAAGUUCAACAGAUUGGUGUUGCAGUCUUUCAAACACUUUGUCGCAAAUGAUACUGAAAAAUACUCAAAGAAUAUAUUAGGUUUCAUUGCGAAACAAUCUGCGAAACCCGUGGCAGCUAGAGACUUAUUGACUUUGAUUAGUUGGAACUCUGCUGUCACCACUAUGGUCUCCGACAAGAAACUGAUAUCAUCUCUGUUGAAGGUUUCCGUUCCAGUAUCAGUAAAACUAAUAUCUCUUUUAUUGGACUAUAACCAAAUUGAUGUUGUCAAAGUACACCAACUUAGAAAAGUUUCAUCCUUCAAAGAUGAUGUAGUCUCUUCAAUUAGAACAGUUGCCAAGGUUGAUAGUGGCAUAAUUUCAACUAUUCUUGAUUCUAUCUGUGACGAAAAGUUACCAAUGUCAGGUGUCAUCAGUAUGCUUGGAUUGUUGGCGUCUGCAACAUCCAAGCCAAAUAUGGGGCCUGAAUUGAAAGAGUUGCAAUCUAAAGAGGAUUCCAUCUGUAACUUUUUCGCCAAAACUUGUCUAUCGACGAAAACCUAUCCAGCAACAAAAUCUUUGGAAAUAUUCGGUACCUUUGUCAAUAAUAUAAUAACAUCUGAUUCGUUAGAGAAGGUAAUACUCCCUGGAUUGGAAAAAGCGGCUUUAAGAAAUUCAGAACUUACUUUUGCUAUAUUUUCACCCCACAUCUUCAGAUUCUUGAACUAUGAUUCGAUAGAUGCCAUUUCGAUAGUGCUAAAAUCCAAAUUUUUUGCCCUUCCAUCAUCUGCUGUUGAACAGAAAGUACUGGUUGUAAACGUCAUAAAUUCGGUUCAGUAUUCUUUCCAUUCAUCAACGGAGAAAAUAUUAGAUUUGACAUUACCAUAUGUUGCAAAGGAAAACAACGAAUCAUAUUUGCCUCACUUGUUGGACACUAUGUUAUCUCGUUUUGUUCAUUUAGUUUGUGAAAAGAUAACUUUUGACUCAAAGUCCAAAAUCGUAGAGCUAUUGAAUUCUGGUCUCAAAGAGAAGAAGAUUCCACUAAAGACUGCUUGGUGUACCUCAUUCGGUGCUUCUAUUUUGAAACAAAAUAUCACAAGUGAAAAUGAGAAUGGGAUUUUUGAGUUAUUCAACUCUGGAAUUACAGAUUCUUUAUUGAAGGUAUUUAACGAAUGUGUUGAUUCGCCGUUACCAAGUAUUCACAACAAACUUAUUGCUGGUGGUUAUGCUUCUAUUGCAGUCCUUUUUAACCUGUCAGAAGUGUUUGGGAACGAAGAGCUUGACAAUAAGCUAAAAGAAUCAAAAAUUGUCGAAAGAUCAUUAGAGGAAACAGAAACUAAAUUAUCUUGUUUCACCAAUCCCAAGAUACUCACUAAACUCAACACAGAAGAAUCACAAGAAUGGUUUGUUAGAUCUUUGUUUUCUUUGUCUCGACAUCUAGUUGAACCAUCUGCUUUACUGGGUUCUGCAUACAUUUACACAACUUUGUCAAGAAAUGUUCUUCAUAGGGUUAGACUUUUGUCCAGAACAUUACUUCAUAAAUUUUACGCUCUUAAGCAAAAUGUCGUUGGUUCUUCAUUAACUUCUGCCGUCAACGAGUUGAUGAAGGAAUCAACACUGAAUACAGAGCUCAAUUAUGAUUUUCAUUAUUUGCUGCCUGCAGUUUCAAGUACUCUUUAUCCAUUAGAAACAAAUGAUCCACAGUUGCUUGAAUCUCAGUUGGUAGAUUUGUUGAUACCUUUUGAACAUGCCAUGCUCAACUCAUCUUCCAAUGGUUGGGUGAGUUUGUGUCAAAAAUGUAACGUGGACCCAGGUAGAAUUGUGAAAGAGCAUGCCGAAGAGAUUGUUGAUAGAAUCUCGGCCAUUCUUGCUGAUCAAUCUGAUGAAGUUUUUAAUAAUGGUACAUUUGAAGCUGCUCGUAAAACUGCAUCGAUUAUUUCUUUUUUCUCACCUGAAUCAACAGUUCCACUACUUUCAGAACAAAUUCAAAGAGAUCUAUCCAUCGUACCAAAAUUAGAAAUUGACAGUACUAAAUUGGAAAUCUGGAAAGGUAGAGAUGGUGAGUUGGUGAUCGAUAUUUUAGCCUCUAAGGCACCUGUUAAUAUUGCCAAGUCAAAAGAUUCAGAAACACUAAAAUGGGAACAAUCUGUUCGUAAAGAACUGGAAGAUAAGAAAAAGUCUGUAAAAAAGUUUACAAAAGAAGAACAAGUUAAAGUUAAGGAACAAUUAGAACUAGAAAAAAUAAUCAGACAAUCUGUUAACUCCCAAUACUUAAAACUUCGUCGUGGUCUCGAACUCAUUGUGUCUCUUUCAAAGCAAGCGAAAUCAGUAGAUAAUGCUUCUGGUGUUUGGUUCCCCAUUGCAAUAUCAAAUAUUUUGACGUUGUUAAACUCUAAAGCUGCCAUCAGCUUAGUAGGAAAAUUGGCUUCUGAUUGUUUCUUGAUCUUAUCUGAAGUUGUGUCUAACGAAAGUUUAACUGGAACCUCUAGUAUGAAGUUCGUUGGUGCUUCCACUCUAAGACUACAUGCCAUUGAAGACCUUGCCGCGGAGUACAAGGGGAAACCACUUGAUGAAAUGCUUGCAUCUCAAUUAUUCAGUUUGAAGUUGUGCUCUGAUAAAUCGCUAUUCAAUAAUUUGACGUUGAUGUAUGUUCUACCUUUGUUAGUCAGGAUAAUUGAAAAUGGUAAGAAUUACGUUAAAAGGAUUGGCGAUAAGUCCGUAAAGGUGAAUACCGAAUUUUCAGAAGAAGCACCUGAAGAAGAGUUAUUAGUUAUGGCUCUUGAAAUUAUUUCCUCCAACUCAGAUUUAUUUGAGGAUGCAACUAUUCCUAGGACUGUAAUUAUUGAGCACUUAAUUGAGUUACUAGCCUUACCUUCUAAAGCCAAGGCUGCGAAGGAGUGUUUUGUUUCUUUGUGUCAAAACAUAUCAUUGAACAUCUCCGAUAGUGAUCUAAACAUAAUUUUGAAAUCCUUGAUAAGUCCUAUUGUUUUUGUCAGAGCCGCCAUCUUAGAGGUUUUGGAUCAGGAAUUUGAUCUAAGUAAAUUAGAUUUCAAUGAAGAACUAUGGAUUUCAUGUUUUGAUAAUAUUGAAACUAAUAAGGAAGUGGCCGAAGCAAUUUGGUCUGAAUCUGAAUUUUCAUUGAAAGAAUCGUGUGUGGAAAAAUUAGUCCCAUAUUUGGGUGCUAAAGAUAACGGUAUUAGGUUGUCCAUCGCAAAAUCUAUUGCUUCCGCCAUUACUCAACUCAAAUCUGAUCGUUUGUUCUCUUCUUCUCUCACUGGAUUGAUAGAUCUUUACAGGGUGAUGUCGAAACCGCCAGAAUUGGAAACUGAUGAAUUUGGGUUGGUGGUUAAAAGCAAUGCAAAUCAGAAAGAUAGAUGGGAGCAGCGUAGUGGUGUUGCUCUUACUGUCACAUACCUGGCUCCUAUGUUUACCAAAUCCGAAGAAGUUUCAAAGUUCUUCACAUUUUUAAUCAAAGAACGUUCACUCGGAGAUAAAGAAGGUUUGGUGAGAUCGGAAUUACAAGAGGCUGGCUUGAAAAUUAUUGAACGUAAUGGUAAGGGUAAUGUUGAAAUUUUGAUUACAAUUUUUGAAGAGUGUUUAGCUGAGAAAGACGAGAAAUCCAAAGUCCAAGAUAUGGUAAAGGAGUCAGUGAUUAUAAUGUAUGGUAGUCUUGCACGUCACCUUGAUAAAGAUGACAGUAGAAUAGAUGCCAUUGUUAAUAGAUUAUUGGAAUCCCUAGAUACACCAUCUGAAGAUGUCCAAUAUGCAGUUUCUGAAUGCAUUUCACCUCUUGUUCCAUUUAUACAAACUAAAAUGUCUUCAUACAUUGACAACUUCUUUGAUAAGCUUUUUGGCGCAAAAUCAUUAGCAGUCAGAAGAGGUGCUGCUUAUGGUAUUGCUGGCUUAGCAAAAGGUAUUGGUAUCAAAGCUUUAUGUGAGUACGAUGUGAUUAGAAAUCUUACUGAAGCUUCCGACGAUAAAAAAGAUAACCAAAAAAGAGAAAGCGUACUAUUUGCUUUUGAGUGCAUUUCCCAGGCGUUUGGUCCAUUGUUCGAACCUUAUGUUGUGGAAAUCUUGCCUAUAGUGCUAAAGAGUUUUGGCGAUUCAUCUGCUGAAGUUAGAGAAGCUACUGAUUAUGCAUCACGAGUGAUCAUGAAAAACACUACCAGUUACGGUAUCAAAAAGAUGAUUCCUUUGGCAAUUAGUAACCUUGAUGAUAUGGCAUGGAGAACAAAAAAGGGUUCUGUUGAGUUACUUGGUUCUAUGGCAUAUUUAGAUCCUGCUCAGUUGUCAUCAUCAUUGCCUAAUAUUGUCCCAAAUAUUGUUAGUGUCCUGAACGACACACACAAAGAAGUAAGAAAAGCUGCUGACGCUGCAUUGAAGAAGUUUGGUGAAGUUAUUAGAAAUCCGGAAAUUCAAGAGCUAGUUCCCAUCUUGUUGAAAGCGAUAGGUGAUCCAACAAAGUACACAGAUGAAGCAUUAGAUUCAUUAAUAUCAACCCAAUUUGUUCAUUAUAUAGACGGUCCAUCAUUAGCUCUUAUCAUCCAUGUGAUUGAUCGUGGUAUGCAAGAUAGGUCUGCUAAUACUAAGAAAAAGGCAUGCCAAAUUGUCGGAAAUAUGGCUAUUUUGGUUGACACAAAUGAUUUGAUGCCAUAUUUAUCACGACUAGUCUCUGAAUUGAAUGAUGCAGUUGUUGACCCAGUUCCUCAGACUCGUGCUACUGCGGCUCGUGCUUUAGGCUCAUUGGUUGAAAAGUUAGGAGAAGACAAAUUCCCAGGUUUGAUGUCCAGCUUAUUAGCAGCAUUGCAGGAUGAAGAGAAACCAGGCAAUAGAUUAGGUUCUGCACAAGCAUUGGCUGAAAUUAUCAGCGGUCUAGGUAUUUCAAAGUUGGAGGAAAUGUUACCGGUUAUUAUUGCAGGUACAACUUCAUCCAAAUCAUUCGUUCGUGAAGGGUUUAUGCCGCUCCUAUUGUUCUUACCAGUCAGUUACGGUAGUCAGUUUGCUCCAUAUUUGUCUAAAACUAUUCCUCCAAUUUUGGCGGGAUUGGCUGAUACCCUUGAGGAAAUCAGAGAUGUUUCACUUCGUGCUGGUAGGUUGAUCGUUAAUAACUAUGCAAAGAAAGCUGUUGAUUUAUUACUUCCGGAAUUGGAGAAAGGUUUAUCUGACUCCAAUGCUCGUAUUAGAUUAUCUUCUGUUGAACUAACGGGUGAGUUAUUGUUCAAGAUCUCUGGUAUCAGUGGUAAACAAGAAUUAGCAGAUGACGUCACACUAUCUAAAAAUGUGGCUAAGGCAUUCAAUGAUGUUCUCGGUAAUGAAAGGAGAAACAAUAUAUUAUCAUCAUUAUUUGUGUGUAGAUCUGACACAUCAGGUGCUGUUAGGGCAACAGCUGCUAAUAUUUGGAAGGCUUUGGUGGCAAAUACACCAAAAACUAUCAAAGAAAUCAUGCCGACUCUUGUUGUUAUCAUUGUUCGUCGUCUAGCUUCACCAGAUGAUACUCAAAGAAUUAUCGUUGCUGCAACUUUGGGUGAUAUGAUUAGAAGAGUGGGUGGAAAUGCUUUAUCUCAAAUCUUGCCAACUUUACAAGAAACAAUGGUUAGCAGCGAUUCAGAUGCAAAACAAGGUAUUUGUAUUGCACUUUACGAAAUUAUCAACUCAACAAAUAGUGAUAAUAUUAUUCAGCAUCAAGAUAUUUUUGUUAGUAUUGUUAAAGAAGCUUUAGUGGAUCCUAACCCGAGUGUCAGAGAAGCUGCUGCUCAGACAUUCGAUUCUCUCCAAGAAUCAAUUGGUAAUUCUGCAGUCGAUGAAGUCAUUCCACAAUUGUUAGAGAUGUUAAACAGUUCUGAUGGUUCAGAAGAUGCACUAAGUGCAUUACAAGAAAUUAUGUCCACCAAAUCGGACGUCAUUUUCCCUAUUUUGAUACCUUCAUUGCUUACUCCACCAAUAAAUGGCCGUGCGAUUGGGUGCCAUCCUCUACUACAGCAUAUUCUUUCACUAAUGAAGCAUGAAGAUAUCAAAAAGAAAAACAUAAUUUUUGAUGUAUUGCCUGCAUUUUUCAAGGAAACCACUUUGGACUACUCAAUCUAUACUGAGGAUAUUGUUGUUCACGGCACCAAAGAUAUUUACGCAUUUACUUUACCAAGAGGUCCAAGUUGUGUUUUGCCGAUAUUUUUACAUGGUUUAAUGUAUGGUAACCCUCAGCAGAGAGAGAUUUCGGCAAAUGGUAUUUCAAUUAUCAUAGACCAUACACCAGCUGCGGGGUUGAAACCUUUUGUUACCCUUAUUGUGGGUCCAUUGAUCAGAGUUAUUGGUGAGAGAUUCAGCAGCGAUCAAGACAUGUUCAGUGACGGCGCAGGUGUCAAUGCAGCAGUUGCAUAUGCGAAGUUGGUUGGAGCAUUAUCCAAGAUUUUGAACAAAUCAGAGUUGAACAAUAUGUUGAGAAACAAGAUUUUUAGUUGUGACCUUGAAGAUGAUAACUCUUCAAGAUUUGCAAUUUUGACAUUAAACGCAUUUUUGAAAGACUCUGCUGAAUCUGUCUUAAACUCUGGUUUGUUUCCAGAAAUAUGUGAAUUCAUUAUCUCAUCUUCCAACUCAACAAAAGCUUAUGUUUCUGACAACUCUACAAUUGCAAUUGGUAAAGUCUUGUUGUCUUUGGAAAAACUGGAAGAGGUAGAGAAUUCUCUGGUUUCUGAUUUGGUCAAACAACUAUGUAUAUUGAUGGACAAGCCAAACUCCAGCUCUUCGGAUACCAGAAGGUUAUCACUUGUCGUUGCUAGAACUAUCUCCAGAUAUCAAUAUGAUACUACUAGAAUCAGUGCUGGUGGUGAUAAAGAGACCAUGUUCUCUGACCAGUACGAAGAUGAAACUGAAAUAUGGGCUAUUGGUGGAGUAGAUUUAAGCGAAGAA